CGGUGAUCAUUGGUCAAAGGUGCAUUCACUGCUGUGGAAGUUGAUCGUAUUCAACAGUGUGGAGUGACGUGUAGUACUAUGGAUAUUGCAAGCUGACGUCUGCUAAAACUUCAUAAACUAUGAGAAGAGUUGCGACCACGUCUUUGGAUAUGCUGCGUUAGCGGUCUUAAUACGGUUGCCUCACAAUUUCAGGUUCAACUUUGAUCAAACAAGUUUUUCAUCCAAUAAUUAACAACACGGCGCUCACCGGCUAGCCCAUUAGCUAACACAGGAACAGCUUCUGCUGUAACAAUAACCAUCUAAAGUGUCCGUAAUGCUAGUCAAAUAUUGUACUAACGCCGGAGCCAAAACAUGAAAAGCACUAAGAAGGACUUGACUGACCGCCGUUGACGUCUAAUUUACAGAAACCACACUAGUUAGCUUGCUAAUAUUAGUCUGUCGUCUGAGCAAGCAAAUAUCGGCGAACUGUCAAAAUGCGCUCUCUGCUCCGAGGUGAAGAGAUGUGUCUGGCCCAACUGUUUCUACAGGCUGGGUCAGCAUACGACUGCAUCAGUGAACUUGGAGAACUGGGGCUUGUGGAGUUCAGAGACCUCAAUCCCAGUGUUAACGCUUUCCAGCGAAAACAUGUGAAUGAGAUCAAAAAAUGUGAAGAGAUGGAGAGGAUCCUUGGAUACCUUCUGAGGGAAGUCAAGAAAGCAGACAUUUCACUGCCAGAAGGAGACGUGAACCCAGUGGCCCCUUUACCCAAGCACGUCAUGGCUAUAAUGGAGCAGCUGCAGAGGCUUGAAGUGGAGUUAGGGGAAGUCACCAGGAAUAAAGAGAAGCUGCAGAGGAAUCUGCUGGAGCUGACAGAGUACAAACACAUGCUGCGCGUUACCCGCAACUUUGUAAUGAGAACUGCUGAGCGAGAGCCCCUUCAAGUGCAAUAUGAGGAGUUUCCCUUCCUAGAAAAAGAAACAAUGAUGGACUACAGCAGCAUGCAGCGGCUAGGAGCCAAACUGGGUUUCAUUUCUGGGCUCAUUCAGAGGGUGAAGAUCGAGGCCUUUGAGCGGAUGCUUUGGAGAGUGUGUAAAGGCUACACCAUCCUCAGCUAUGCUGAGGUCGAAGAGUAUCUGGAAGAUCCUGACACAGGUGAGCCUACAAAAAGCGUGGUGUUCCUGAUCUCUUACUGGGGAGACCAAAUUGGCCAGAAAGUGAAGAAGAUCUGUGACUGCUACCACUGUCACUUGUAUCCCUAUCCCAGUAGCAAUGAGGAGAGGAAUGAUGUUGUGGAAGGACUAAGAACUCGCAUUCAGGACCUGCACACAGUACUUCAUAGGACAGAGGACUACCUGAGACAGGUCCUGAUUAAGGCUUCAGAAUCUGUCUACACCUGGGUCAUCCAGGUCAAGAAGAUGAAGGCCAUCUACUAUAUUCUGAACCUGUGUAGUUUUGAUGUUACUAACAAGUGUCUGAUCGCUGAGGUGUGGUGUCCUGUCAAUGACAUUCCCGCCCUGCGGAGGGCCCUAGAAGAAGGAUCGAGAAAAAGUGGAGCAACAGUUCCUUCCUUUGUCAAUCGUAUCCCCACCAACGACACUCCCCCCACCCUGAUAAGGACCAACAAAUUUACCUCUGGCUUCCAGAACAUUGUGGAUGCCUAUGGAGUGGGCAGUUACAGGGAGGUUAACCCUGCUCCUUUCACAAUCAUCACUUUCCCAUUCCUGUUUGCGGUGAUGUUUGGGGACCUGGGUCAUGGAGUUAUCAUGGCUGUGUUUGCUUUCUGGAUGGUGCUGUACGAGAACAACCGCAAACUUAAAAACACAAGGAAUGAGAUCUGGAACACAUUCUUUGAGGGGCGUUAUAUAAUCCUGAUGAUGGGCCUGUUCUCCAUCUACACUGGCCUGAUAUACAAUGACUGUUUCUCAAAGUCGCUUAACAUCUUUGGUUCUGGAUGGAGUGUGAAGGCCAUGUUCACAGGGAAGGUGUGGAAUGACGAAGAUAUCCGUGGGAAUCAUUUUCUUAGCCUGGAUCCAAAUGUUACAGGAGUUUUCAAAGGACCGUACCCUCUGGGAAUUGACCCGAUUUGGAACUUGGCAUCCAACCGCCUUACAUUUCUGAACUCCUAUAAGAUGAAGAUGUCAGUGAUAUUGGGCAUCAUACACAUGAGUUUCGGGGUCAUCCUCAGCACUUAUAAUCACUUGCACUUCAGGAAGAAGUACAACCUGUACUUGGUAUUUCUCCCUGAGCUCCUGUUCCUGCUGUGCCUGUUUGGCUACCUGGUGUUCAUGAUAAUGUACAAGUGGCUGGUCUUCUCUGUUAAGGACUCCAGACAGGCCCCGAGCAUCCUCAUUCACUUCAUAAACAUGUUCCUCAUGCAGGGUGAUGCAGUGCAGCCCCUCUACCCAGGACAGACUGGCUUCCAGGUAUUUCUGGUGGUCAUUGCUGUUCUCUCAGUGCCUGUCUUACUCCUGGGGAAACCCGUUUACCUUUAUUGGCUUCACAAUGGAAGCCAAGGUCUAGGAAUGUACAGGGGAUAUGAGCGAGUGCGGCGUAACAGUGAAGAGGAGCUCUACCUGAUGAGGGCUCAUGACAUGGAGGAGGGCAGCAGUCACAGUGAUCUCUCCACUAGCGGAGAGCGCCAGACAGAGGAGUUCGACUUUGCAGAUGAGUUCUUACAUCAGGCCAUCCACACUAUAGAGUAUUGCUUGGGUUGCAUCUCCAACACAGCCUCCUACCUAAGGCUCUGGGCUCUGAGCCUGGCACAUGCCCAGCUAUCGGAGGUGCUGUGGACCAUGGUGAUGCGAGUAGGACUACGAAUGGACACCAGUCUCGGGGUUUUAUUCCUGGUGCCUGUGUUUGGCCUGUUUGCCGUUCUCACAGUGUCCAUCCUCCUGGUAAUGGAGGGUCUGUCUGCAUUCCUUCAUGCCCUCCGGCUGCACUGCUGUUUGUUUCUUCCUCAGGGUGGAGUUUCAGAAUAAAUUCUACAGUGGGACUGGAGUCAAGUUUUGCCCCUUUUCCUUCUCUCUCCUCCUCUCCAGCUUUGAGCAUGAUGGCAUACUGUGAAGUGACUGUGAUCUGCUAAAACUGUUAGGUGGUAAAACAGAGCCAAAACAAGCCAGCAAAGGUUAAAGACAUAUUCUAGAGAUGUCAUGAAGUGAUUUAGAUUUUUUCUUUUCAUCUUUUAACAAUUUGUUAUGUAAAGAAAUUGUAUGUUGAGCUUCACAGACUUUGGACUGAAAUACACUGCCCUCCUAACAGUUCAAAAACACAGACAGUACAGAGUGCACUGUUAAGAAAUUACUGUUUUUCUUAUUGCAAAUGUAUUCAUCAACUGGUAUUUUGUACCAGAAUCAGUAUGUUUCACUGCAGAACAUUUUGUGAGGUUUAAGUAUGAGGCUCAAAUUUAAAAUGUAACUCCUAUACUUAAAGCAAUCAAUUUUCUCAUGAUGCAUUAUUGGUAACAGUUGUUGAUGUCACUUGUAUGGAGAACCACAUCUUCCAAACUUAAAAUAAAUAAGUUAAAAAAAAAAAAAAGAUCUAUGACUUUAGCAUGUGAUAACUUAACAGUAUUAAGAAAAUGGAUAGCCCCACAUUUUGGCUACACAGACAACACUUUGUUGCUAGUUUAGGUCUUUUCAUGAGAUUUGCUGAUAAAAUAAGAUGAAAGAUAAUAAAUAACAUCCACCUUUUCUUUUAAAAAUAAUUUAUUAAUUUCUGUUUUCUUCCAUUGCUUCUCUUCUGUGUCUAAUUAUUUUUGUUGUUAAUUUUGGCAUAUUUGUGUAUAUUCAUGCAGUUAUUUUGACUGUUUCUCACUGAGUUUCAGUUUUGGCAGGUCUGGUUUCCAUACAUAGGGUAGUGAGCCACCUUUCGGUUACAUAGUUCUUGCUCAACUUUUUGUUGCACUGACUGCCUUACAGAAGUACAACCAAAUGACAAUAUACUGUAUAAUUCUUCAGUUUCCCUUGUAUAAACACUGCGAAGGAUCUUUGACAUUUUCCUUAUUGAAAAGUGCUUGGGCAGGUGUGUGAUGAGAUGUAUAUACUUUUACAGAAUUAUUUUUUAAUCUAUUUUAAAAUGUAUCAGAAUUAAAGAUGAAUGUUAAUGGGAUAUGUUUUUUACUUUUAUGCAUUCACAGUGUUGCCUAUGCGUCUUCCACUACAAUUUAACAUUCCAUGCAUGGAAAACUUAAAUCAUUAAUUUGUUGAAUCAGCUCUGCUGGUUGGGAGCCCAUUAUUUUGAAAGAUCUUAUAUCCAUAUUCACCACAGUGGUUAGGCUGUAUUACAUCUUAUUAGGAGAAGAUUGAAUUACGUACUGAUAUGAGGCAUUAGUAGUAUUUGCUAAUUUUGUGAAUUUGUUAGUAUUGUAUGGAAUUGGUAUAAGGGAAGGAGACUUAUUGAGAUGUCUACACUUUUUCACUGGCAACACAAUUUGCUACAGUAAGAUACUGCCACACAUUUUUGAAAGUCACGACAUUGUAUAUCAGGUUUUAACAGUGAAACAAUAUGGUGUCAAAUCUUGAUGAUAUACGUGUCAGUCACUGUUAUAUUUGGGCGAGUGAUGUUUGAUUAGCAAUUAUUGGUUGAACGGGUAUUGUAAUUUCUUCUAAUGCAGCCCUAAUCUUGCCUUUGAUUUUAAUACUAAGAAUUGUUAUUAUUAUUAUUAUUGCCUUAUUUUCAUAGACAAACACUUCAUUCUCUACUUAUUCUGAAAAAAAAAUCAUCCUCUUGUCAAUAAUAAAUUGUAUUUGUUUGUGUUUUUUUCCCCUCAAAGCCCAUAACUGGAUUUCUUAUUGUAUCUGGGUUUAGACAAGCUACAUGGAAGUCAACACCAAGACGUUUGACCCACUUCAUGUAGCAACAUUUUACAUUUUAAAUAUGUUGGAGGACUUACAUCACAGAAUCAGGACAUUCACUAACUUAAAUAUUGUGUGUAGUAACUCUUUUUAAGGGGUGUAAUUCUGGAAAGUGGAAAGUAAAGCAUAAAGGUCACUUUCCAGUGUAAUUCUGGAAAGUGACCUUUAUGCUUCUUUUUAAACAUUGCUUUAAUUUGAUGGGAUUUGAAAUUAAAUGUACAUACACACACUUUGACUACAUAUGAAAGCUUUGGUGCAGUAUACUGGAGAGGGUGUGCUAGAAAAGAUACAUUUUGUAUAAUUUUUAUCAAAUCAGUUUCCUGAAAAAGUUACUUAUCUAUUUGUACAUUUCUGAUUCAUUAACUGAUCAUUGAUAUGUCAAUUAAACCAGCUGAUCAAGUGA